AUUCCUCUUUUUUGUUCAGUUAAUUAUCGGACGAGUGAUCACCUUAUUCCAGUUAGUCUCGAAGAAAAUUAGGAUUUCUCGAUUGUACGAAGCAUGGAAACUAAACUGAUUUCUAGCUAAGUGAGUGGUGAGUUUUUUUUUCUUCAGAAGAACGUCACAGGUUCGUCCCUUUCGAGGGCAUUGAAGGUUGAGGAGAUUGAUUCAGUUUCUGUCGAUGGUCAGAGUAAUCCCUCCAUUCAUGAAGUGUAUGACAUCAGCAGGGCAUUCGUUAUUGUGGUACGAAAUUCGAGUGGUCCCGAGUUCAUAGGAUAUGAGGUAGUUCCGUGCUUGACAUAGCUCAAGAAUUUCUCUUGUUCCAGGCCUCACGAAGUUCGACUCUAGUUCGAGUGAUCAAGCUUUUUUCGCGACUCUCACAGUUCCCUCCAUGGCGGCGAGGAACGCCAACUCUUCCGCUGGCUCGCGCCAGAUUGAUCUGGACAGUAUAUGGGAUGAUCUCCGCCGCGGUAUCGAUCAAAUUUACAGCCAAGAGCACAUGAAUAGAUCCCGUUACAUUAUGCUCUACACCCACGUCUAUAACUAUUGUACAUCUGGAGCUGCCCGUCCGAAUAAUGCCGGGAAGAAGAAGACUUCCGCUGGAGGAAGUUCCGCGGGAGGUGGAGCUCAGUUUGUCGGACACGAGUUGUACAAACGGCUGAAGGAAUAUUUGCAGGAAUACCUCGUCCGACUGCAGCUGAAAGGGAAAGACAGGAUGGACGAAGACGUCCUGCGUUUUUACACGGAAGAGUGGGAGAAGUUCCAGUUCAGCUCAAAGGUUCUCGACGGCGUCUGUUCUUAUUUGAAUCGUCACUGGGUGAAGCGGGAAUGCGAAGAAGGCCGGAAACACAUUUACGAAGUGUACCACCUCGCCUUGGUCACCUGGCGAGAACAUUUGUUUCGCCCGAUGAACCGAGCUGUAACAAGUGCCGUCCUCACGUUAAUUGAACGCGAGCGAAAUGGUGAAACGAUCAAUUCGCGACUCGUUUCCGGCGUCAUUAAUUGCUACGUCGAACUGGGUCUCAACGACGAUGACUGUGGCGCCAAGGGUGUGAAUCUCAGCGUGUAUCGCGAGUCCUUCGAGGCCCAGUUUCUAGAGAACACGGAAACCUUUUAUACCCGAGAAAGCAACGAAUUCCUGCAGAGUCAUCCGAUCACUGAGUUCAUGAAGAAGGCCGAGGCCAGGCUCAAGGAAGAAGAGGACCGCGUGCGGAAGUAUUUCCACGAGACCACCUUGCCGAAGCUGCAACGGACUUUGCAGAAGGUCCUCAUCAAGAACCACAUGGAGAUUUUUCACACCGAAUUUCAAGUGGGUUACGAAUAUACUAAUUUGUUGGAUUCAGAACGUGAUGCGGAUCUCGCCCGGAUGUAUACCCUUGUUCACCAAAUGCCCGAAGGACUCGUGGAGCUCCGCACCCUACUUGAAACUCACAUUACCAACCAGGGACUCGCGGCGUUGUCGAAAUGGAACGACGAGACUGGUUCCGGAAGUGAGAAGGAAGAUGCGAACUCGUAUGUGAUUGCGAUUCUGGAGGUGCACGGGAAAUAUGAGACCCUGGUGAAGGAGGCGUUCCGCAAUGACACGGGUUUCGUGGCGGCCCUGGACAAGGCCUGUGGGAAAUUCAUCAACGUGAAUGCCGUGACCAAGUCCUCGGGCCACGCUUCCAAGAGCCCCGAACUACUGGCCCGCUACUGCGACGGGCUGCUGAAGAAAUCCAGCAAGAAUCCGGAAGAGGAGAAGCUGGAGGAUGCUUUGAAUCAAGUGAUGGUGGUGUUCAAAUACAUCGACGACAAGGACAUUUUCCAGAAGUUCUACUGGAAGAUGCUGGCAAAGAGGCUGGUGAAUCACCUGAGUUCGUCGGAUGACGCGGAAGCGUCCAUGAUCUCCAAGUUGAAGGAAGCCUGCGGGUUUGAGUACACGUCCAAGCUGCAGCGGAUGUUUCAGGACAUCGGCCUGUCCAAGUCUCUCAACGAGCGAUUUCAGGAGCACGUGCGCACCUCUGGCGAAGCCCUGGAAGUCGACUUCUCUAUUCAAGUCCUGUCUAGCGGAUCCUGGCCCUUUACCCAAGGCCCAGUUUUCAACCUUGUUCCUGAGUUGGACAAGUGCAGAACCCGGUUCUCCAACUUCUAUUCGACGGUGCACAGCGGUCGGAAGUUGUCGUGGAUGUACCACAAUUCCAAGGGGGACCUGCUGGCCACCUGCUUCAAGAACCGCCACGUGUUCCAGGCCUCUACUUUCCAGCUGAGCGUGUUGAUGUUGUACAAUGCGAGCGACUCGUACACGUACAAGCAGUUGUGCGAGAUGACUCUCAUUGACCCGCCGAUGCUGGCCCAGGUCCUUUGGCUGCUUACCAAGACGAGUCUGUUGACGGCCAAGACGGCCGACGGCUCAGACGCCGCCAUGGACCUGGAGGUGCAGGGUGAUGACGGCACUCGAGACCGCAGCAGCGCCGCCGCCGCCGCCUCCAUGCCCGACGACGUCACCUUUUCUAAAAAAGUGCGAGUAAACAUAAAUGCGCCGCUGAAGAUGGACGUGAAGCAGGAGACGGAGGCGACGCACAAGCAUGUGGAAGAAGACCGCAAGCUUUUGAUCCAGGCAGCUGUGGUGCGGAUCAUGAAGAUGCGGAAAACCAUCAACCAUCAGCAAUUGGUUGCGGAAGUUAUCCAGCAGCUCACAUCCCGGUUCAAGCCCCGUGUUUCUCAUAUCAAGAAAUCCAUCGAUGUGCUGAUUGAGAAGGACUAUUUGGAGAGGGACCGAAAUCAGAAAGAUAUGUACAAUUAUUUGGCCUAAUGACAAGUGUUUGCGUUUGAUAACUUUGUUUCCGAGCCACACCGACAACCACUCACGAGCAGGCGAGAGCCCGUAUUUUGUCCACACCCCCCUCCCUCGAAAGCGUUUUUGCGAUUGCAAAUUUUUUUUUUUUUGCUGUCGAAGUUUUUUGUUUCCUUCGCGUCGUUCGUUUUGUGUCAUUUAUUUUGUGCUAUGACGUGCGUGUCUUCCAUAGGGACCGGGAGGAAGAAAAGAUUCGGGGUUCUGCGUUUUUUUUUUUUGGUUACCGUUUCGUCGAGCGGUUUUUCUCCUCUCCAUCUCUCAAUUCUCCGGUUUUGUAAAUAUCAAGUGCCGUCGGUUUUUUGUUGUUGUGUGAUUUGUCGGACAGUUCAGGUUUUUGAAUGGACCGAAUUCCGGGAACUGGAGUCGAUGAUUGGGGAGUUCCGCAUUUGACCGAAGUGUUGUGGCAGGUGUAAUAUUGGGUUUUUUGUGGCCAUGAGUUCCCGCGGAAAUUUGAACUGUCCUGCAAAGAGCAGAAGGGACGUGAACCCCCUCUAGAAAGCCGUCUUCAUUCAUUCAUUCAUGUCCCCUGUGAGACUUCUCUCUUGCCCCAUUUUUUUUAUUUUGAAAAUUUAAUCGCGGAAGGCGGAACAGCAGUUUUUAUUUCGUCGAUGAUGAUGAUGAUUUUGUUUUUGAGCAAUUGACGGCAUGUUGCUGAUCAAUGUGGAACUGUGAAAACAGGCUGGCAGGUUGGGCACGGGUCUCUCACUGGCUGGCCACUUGCUGGGAGGGGGAUUUGGUGGGAUGCUGGAUUUUUUUUGGUGACCUGAGAAGGAAACUCGAUUGAAUGCAAGUGGGAGUGAUUUUGUCAAGGAAUAAAGAAAUGUCCAAUUUUUGACAA